GCUCCGGCUGUUAUUUCAGCCCUCCCCGCCCCGCCCGCCGGACUUCGGCCCUUCCGCGCCGCGCGGUGCGACCCGCGGAGCUCCGCCAUGGCCAAGUUUCUGUCCCAGGAUCAAAUUAAUGAGUUCAAGGAGUGCUUUUCGCUCUACGACAAGAACCACAAAGGGAAGAUCAGGGCUGCAGACCUGCUGGCCGUGAUGCGCUGCCUGGGGGUCAGCCCCACGCCGGCUGAGGCACAGCGGCACCUGCACCUGCACAAGAUCGAGCGCAAUGCGGAGCUGGACUUCUCCACCUUCCUCAACAUCAUGUACAGGCAGAUGAAGCAGGAGGAGCCUGAGAAGGAGAUCCUGACGGCGCUGGCCAUGAUCGAUCGGGAGAAGCGAGGGCUGAUCUCUGCUGCUGAGCUGAGGGCAAAGCUGACACGACUGGGGGAGAAACUGUCCGAGGAAGAGGUCGAUGACCUGCUGAAAGAAGCCAAAAUCGGGCCAAAUGGCACAAUUAAAUACGAAGAGUUCACCCACACCAUUUGCCUCCCCGCAGUCGAUUACUGACAGCAGGAGGGGUUUGCGAGCAGCAGGACCUGCAACUUCUCUUCACUCCAUCUUUCCUCAUCACCACCUGCACUCAGGAAUCAUCAUUUGCCUUUGGGAACCCAGGGGCUGCCUUGGCUGCGCUUCCCCAGGACCCCGGAGAAGCGCUCUCUCAAACUGCGAGCUGAUACUGAAAUAAAUGAGGUGUGACGUUCCCA